AUGGCUGCGACUCGAUUCUACUCUAAGAUAUCACUGAGCACGGAGGAAGAUGACGAGAUUUUUAAGAAGGCUAGAGAGUUAGACGCACAAUUUCAGGAAUCCCAAAUUGAAGUUGACAGCCAAUGGACGUCGUAUACGGUAAAAUUGAUACCAGGUCACCCAGCUGACCGUCUAAUCGUUUUCCGUCCUCAGCAAUCGAGAAAGCUCCUAGGCUGCAUUAGGGUAUACGAAGCGGGCACCACUACCAAGAUAUGGGAUGUAUAUGACACAGAUGGUACAUUUAUAGGCAAAGUCCCGAAGGAUUGUGCGUUUGAGGCGAUGAUGGUGGAUACAAAAUCGAUUACACUGAAGGAGACUCAGAAUUGA